GCUGCUAAGCUGCCGGUAGAAAUUGAAGAAAAGAGCUAUACAGUCUUGGAUACGUCAGAAGGGGCGAUAAUGCUUCAUGUUAAUCAUGGAGGAGAAGGAGGACGUGAUACAGGAAAUGUAUAUAUUUCGGACGGUAAAGGUAUUCGUUUUUCUUUGUCUUUACCGAAUAAUAUACGUUCGGGUACAGGCGAGUGUGAAUUUGAUAAGGUAUUAUCGAUGGAAGGUGUAUAUAUAGCAAAUUUUAGAGAUUCAAUAGAGAAAAGCGGGUUAAGCGGAGGCUCAUCAUCUAUCUCUUCUACUGGUGCUGAAGCAGCAGCAGUAGCAGCAGCAGCAGCAGCAGAAGAAGAAGCAAGAAUGAAGCAAGAAGAAGAAGAAGCAGAGGGUAUACGUGCAGAAGUUGAAAAGAAGCAUGAGAGAGUUUCGAGCAAAGGACGAAGAGAAGACGUAACAAGAACAGCAAUAUCUUUUGAUAAAGGAGGUGUUUGGAGUUACUUGAAGCCUCCUAGAGUAGAUAGUAGAGGACAGAAGAUAGAUUGUUCUCCUGAUAGCUGCUGGCUUCAUCUGAACGGUAUAACAAAGUUUAAUGAAUAUGCACCUUUCUAUAGCGUAGAAAAUGCUGUAGGCCUUAUCAUGGGUACCGGCAACGUUGGAAGCUAUCUUCGAACAGAAACUGAUGAAAUAAAUACUUAUUUAUCUAGAGACGGAGGACUCACUUGGAUCGAAGCUCAUAAAGGUGCUUUCAUCUACGAAAUGGGCGACCACGGCGGCCUCCUCGUCAUGGCUGACGACACAAAAAAAACUAACCAGCUUUGUUUUAUAUCGUUGUUCUUCUUCUUAUAG